UGAUGGGAAAGGCGGCAGGAGAAGAGACGCUUUAGAGAAAGGCGGAGACGGGCCGGCGGGUCUCCUUCUUCCCGAGCGAUGUCGGUGAAAAGGAAAGCCGACGCGCUGAUCCCUGCCGAAGAGAGCGACCAGCUGCUGAUUCGGCCCCUAGGUGCUGGGCAGGAAGUAGGAAGAUCAUGCAUUAUCCUAGAGUUUAAAGGAAGAAAGAUUAUGCUUGAUUGUGGAAUUCACCCUGGUCUAGAAGGAAUGGAUGCUCUUCCUUAUAUUGAUCUGAUAGACCCAGCUGAGAUUGAUCUCCUUCUGAUUAGUCAUUUCCAUUUGGAUCAUUGUGGAGCAUUACCAUGGUUUCUACAAAAGACAAGUUUUAAAGGAAGAACUUUUAUGACCCAUGCCACAAAAGCAAUAUAUAGGUGGCUUCUUUCAGACUACGUCAAAGUUAGCAAUAUAUCUGCAGAUGACAUGUUGUAUACAGAGACAGAUCUGGAAGAAAGCAUGGACAAAAUUGAAACUAUCAACUUCCACGAAGUAAAAGAAGUGGCAGGAAUCAAGUUUUGGUGUUACCAUGCGGGUCAUGUUCUUGGAGCAGCCAUGUUUAUGAUUGAAAUAGCUGGCGUGAAGCUUUUAUACACUGGAGAUUUCUCGAGACAAGAAGACAGACACUUGAUGGCAGCUGAGAUUCCCAAUAUUAAACCUGAUAUUCUUAUCAUUGAGUCUACCUAUGGCACACACAUCCAUGAGAAACGUGAAGAGCGAGAGGCAAGAUUCUGCAACACUGUACAUGAUAUUGUAAACAGAGGAGGUAGAGGCCUCAUCCCUGUGUUUGCUCUAGGAAGAGCACAAGAACUGCUUUUGAUUUUAGAUGAAUACUGGCAGAAUCAUCCUGAGCUACACGACAUCCCUAUCUACUAUGCUUCUUCUCUGGCAAAGAAGUGCAUGGCAGUGUACCAGACCUAUGUCAAUGCCAUGAAUGAUAAAAUCCGCAAGCAGAUCAACAUCAACAACCCCUUUGUGUUCAAACACAUUAGUAAUCUGAAGAGUAUGGAUCAUUUUGAUGACAUCGGCCCCAGUGUUGUGAUGGCUUCCCCUGGUAUGAUGCAGAGUGGUUUAUCCCGAGAGCUUUUUGAGAGCUGGUGUACGGAUAAAAGGAAUGGAGUAAUCAUAGCAGGAUAUUGUGUGGAAGGAACACUUGCCAAGCAUAUCAUGUCUGAACCUGAAGAAAUUACAACCAUGUCGGGACAGAAACUUCAACUAAAGAUGUCAGUAGAUUACAUUUCUUUCUCUGCUCAUACAGAUUACCAACAAACCAGUGAAUUUAUUCGAGCACUGAAACCCCCCCAUGUGAUAUUGGUGCAUGGCGAACAGAAUGAAAUGGCCAGGUUGAAAGCUGCACUAAUUCGAGAAUAUGAGGAUAAUGAUGAAGUUCACAUUGAGGUCCACAAUCCCAGGAACACUGAGGCUGUGACUCUAAACUUCAGAGGAGAAAAGCUUGCCAAGGUAAUGGGUUCUUUAGCAGACAAGAAACCAGAACAGGGGCAAAGAGUUUCAGGAAUACUGGUGAAGCGGAACUUCAACUAUCACAUACUUAGUCCAUGCGACCUGUCCAAUUACACUGAUCUGGCCAUGAGCACUGUGACACAGACCCAAGCGGUUCCAUAUACAGGCUCUUUUACUCUGCUUUACUACCAACUGCAAAAACUAACUAGUGAUGUGAAAGAAAUAGAAGUCCAAGAUAAGCCAGCUUACAAAGUUUUUAAAGCCAUUACUGUGAUCCAGGAACCAGGCAUGGUGGUCCUUGAGUGGGUAGCAAACCCUGCUAAUGAUAUGUACGCAGACACUGUAACAACAGUGAUACUGGAAGUUCAGUCGAAUCCCAAAAUACAUAAAUCUAUGGUACAUAAACUUCCUAAAAAAAUAGACAUGGAUGUAUAUCACAAAAAGAUGGAGAUAAUGCUACAGGACAUUUUUGGAGAAGACUGUGUAAGUGCAAAGGAAGAUAACAUUAUAAGUGUUACAGUAGAUGGAAAAUCAGCAAAUCUUUCAUUGGAUACACGGACUGUUGACCAUGAACCAGGAUGUGAAGAUGAUGAUGAAACUCUUCGAGAAAUGGUGGAGUUGGCUGCACAGCGACUGUACGAUGCUCUAACCCCUGUACACUAAACUGUGACCGUUGUAUAUAGCAAAGUCAUUAGAACAAUUUCUUCUGAUCAAUUCUUCUGUUCUGGAGUUUUUGAAUAAAAAAUGUGGGUUUUUUAGUGAAAUACAUACUCUUACUUAAUACAAAUUCCUUGUAUCUGAUGAAGAAAGCUUUUCUCUCCAAAACGUUAUACCCUGGAAACUCUUGUCAGUCUUUAAGUGCUACUGGACUUGAACUUGCUUAUAUACUGCAUACCAACAUGGUAACUUUGUGCAGUUACCUGGCCUAGAAUACAAGGUACCUUUGGGGGCACUUUAACGUAUACAGUUGAGCUUUGAAAGUUUCCAGCUGCAUGCCCCAUGCCAUCUGAGAAGCUGUUUCUGAAAAUGAAAAAAUCUUUAGGAAUAAUUUUGGAUAAACCCCAAGUAACUACAUCUGGGAAAGGAAGAUCACAGAUCUUCUCAAAGUAGAAAGAGGUAGUAGGUAGUUCCAUAGGUCUGACACAAAAUCCAGGAAUAGAAGUCACAUAAUAUAAAAUGACAUGACUGAGAUCCACCACCACCACCACCACUUUAAAAAAAUCCAGCCUGAUUAAAAGUUCUGGAGAACUUGAAAGCUUGCCUGAUGUUUUGUGUCAUUUUGGAAGGUCCUAAUAAAAGAUACCUGCUUUUUUGCAACGGGUUGGAUAUCACAGAUCUGGUGAUCUCCACAGCAGUAUGUCAUUUGGGAUGUGUGCUGAAGUAAAUUAGAACUACUGCCACUGAUCAAAAUUAUAUUCCUUCUGUAUUUAUGGUAUGCUGUGUACUUGGACUGCGCUGGUUGAGGGGCUGCAUUCAGGAUUACCCUUGUUUGAAUUUGUAUUCAUCAACUGCCUUGAUUUUUUCUUUUGAAAAAGUACAGUGGGAUAUAAACAAAACAAUUAUUUCCAGUGCUUAAUCUAGAUAAGGAUCGGUACUUUGAGUCAGGACCAAGUAAUUUAAUAGCUAGUGUAAAGUAUUGUGAAGCAGAAGGUACUGUUGUGGGUGAAGCAACUGAAGCAAGCAAACAUGUAUUUCUAACUGCAAAAUACAAAAAUGAUGGUGAUCCAGA